AUGGCUUCCAACACCACCUUGAAUUCACCAACCACCACCACCACCACCUACGCCUCCGACCCCACAACCCCCAACACCACCUUCGUUCAAGCCGACCCAUCCAACUUCCGCGCCGUCGUCCAGAAACUCACCGGCGCCUCCGACGACCCCGCCGCCCCCAAACUCCCCCUCACCCUCCCCUCCCGCCUGGCGGCCCAAUCUCCCCUGGUGGGCCCAAAGAGGCCCAACUUCAAGCUCCACGAGCGCCGCAACGCCGCCGCCAAGAACCUCGACCUCCCCGUCCUCAUGGUCUCCUCCAACAACGUGUCCCUUCUCCGAAACCGAACAUGCGAGAACCUGGUGAUGGCCUCGCCCGUUUCCCCACUGGAGGUGCUGGCGCGUGGAAGCCCACGCACGCCCCACGAGGAGGAAGAAGAGAGAGCUAUCGCUGAGAAAGGGUUCUACUUGCACCCUUCCCCUCUCUCCACCCCCAGAGCCUCUCAACCUCCUGAACUUUUACCACUCUUCCCUUUACAUUCUCCCACCCACCACCACCUCAAUUAA